GUUUUGAUAUUGAAUCGACUGUCAUAAAAAAUCUGCAAAGUGUUUUUGUUUUGAAUGCAAUUGCUAGUGAAAGAUCACCACGUCUUUUCAAGUUUAAGUUCACGGUAGACAAGAAUCCCAACAAAAUGCUAUCGGCAAUGAUUAAGGACCACCAAGCACGACAAGCAGCGAAAAAGGAAGAGCAAGAACGUAGAAGAAAGGAAGCAAUCUUAUCCGCAAACGAACUAACACAGAAUUUGGUUGACCAUCUGAAUGUUGGCGUUGCCCAGGCAUACCUCAACCAGAAACGAUUGGACGCGGAAGCCAAACAGUUGCACGUAGGCGCGACAAACUUUGCCAAGCAGACGCAGCAGUGGUUAACGCUGAUUGAAAACUUCAACGGAUCACUGAAGGAAAUUGGUGAUGUCGAAAACUGGGCCAAAACCAUCGAAAAUGAUAUGAACGUGAUUACGACGGCUUUGGAGAUUGCGUAUAAAACGAGUAGAGAUAAAUAAAUUUCUAAUCUAUUCAA